AUGAAAAUUUACAGCAAAUUUUGCACAAUACUAAAAUCGACAGCUAGUUUUAAUGAGAGACACUUUGUUGAUAAGAUGAAAAUAAAAGUAAAAGCAGGUGAUGGUGGUAAAGGAUGUGUGUGCUAUUAUAGGUGAGUUCUAAAUUUAUGAAAUAGAGAUCGUAUUGUAGUUACAGGAGCCCCUGAUGGAGGAGAUGGAGGAAAAGGAGGAGAUAUUUAUUUGAAGGCUUCAGAAUAAAUAUAUGAUUUAAGUAUUCUAAGAAAGCCACAUGUAAUUGGGAAUAAUGGUAAAUAAGGAAUGAAAUUGAAAUGUAAUGGAAAAACAGGUUCAGAUAUAAAAGUAAGUGUUCCUUUGGGAACUUUGGUUUUUGAGAUAAAAUCUGAUGAUACAAAAGAAUUAAUAGCUGAUCUUGAUUAACAUAAUAAAGAAUGUUUGGUUGCUAAAGGUGGUUCUGGAGGAAAAGGAAAUGCAAGAAAUAUUGGAAUUAGAGAAGUUCAAUUGGGAUAAUAAGGAUAAGAAAAGGAUAUAUUUUUAGAAGUGAAAACUUUAGCAGAUAUAGGAUUAGUAGGAUUUCCUAAUGCAGGAAAAUCUACAUUUUUAGCUGCAGCAUCAAGAGCUUUACCUAAGAUAGCAGAUUAUCCAUUUACUACUUUGAAUCCUAUGGUUGGCAAAGUUAGGUUUGUUGAUAAUAUGGAAAUGACAAUAGCAGAUAUUCCAGGAUUAAUAGAAGAAGCUCAUAAUGAUAAGGGAUUGGGACAUGAAUUUUUAAGACAUAUUGAAAGAUGUCGAGUAUUUAAUUUUAUGAAAUUAUUUAGUUAUUAUUGUAUGUAUUAGAUGGAUAAGCAGGUAAUAUUGAAGAAUAAUUAUAAAUACUAAAGAACGAAAUAAAAGAGUAUAAUGAGAAGAUUUUAUAAAAGCCUUAUAUAGUUUGCGUUAAUAAGGCUGAUCUAAUAAAAGAAGAUUUUGAUUACAUGAUGAUAAGUGCUAAACAUGGUUAAAAUGUUGGUUAAUUAUUGUUGAAAUGUAAAUAUUAAAUUGAGAAGAUCAGAAAUGAAAUAUAAAUGAAUAAAUAGAAGGAAAAAGAGAAUGAAAAGAGUUAUUAAAUAAAGAGAUAAUAAUUAGAAAAGGAAUUAUUUGGAUCAACAGAGAGAUCUAAUUGA